AUGGCGGGCGGUUCAGAUCGAUAUCGCGAUGUCGGCUUUCGAGGCGGAGAACACACACCGAAGAAACGCACUGAAAAUUCCUACAUGUGGGCCCGAUCUUCAGCCAUGGUGUCUGGCUCACCGAAGACGCCUGGCAGCAGGGCAGCUACACCUGCCACUCAGGCGCAUCGCCCUGCGGUUGCCGCUAACAUGUCCACCCCACCAGCGGCCCGUGCAACCCCGGUCAACGUACUAUCUCGGCGAGCGUCUCAAAAAUUUCCUGUCGCGCUCAAUUCUCCCGUUACGACGCCUUCGAAGCACCUCUCGUCUGCCCCGCGUUCUGCUUUCGAACCCAGCCCUGGCACCAUGUCGUCACGAAAGCUUGAUGGCGUUCACUCGCUGAGCGCCAUGCUGGAGAAGCAGGACCAGGAGCCUGUUAGCCAAUCGCGGAGCAAAUUCUCCCGAAGCACCCAGUCCAAGGCCAAGAACGAAAAGUUCGACCCUCAUGCCGUCGACUCUGACGACGAUGAGUCUAGCAGCAGCAGCAGCGAUAGCAGCGAUAGCGACGAUGAACAGGAAAAAGUCCCUAGCUUUCUUGCUAAGCCCAAUGGCAUUGUGUCCUCGAGCAAGGCCGCCGGCACUCCUGUGAAGAAAGCCAAGCGUGGCAAGGAGGACGAGGUUGCUGAUAGUGACGUCGAGCGCAGGGCCUCUAUCUCAAAGGCCAAUUCGGCUAAGAAGAAGACCCCCGUCAAACCCGAGAGCUCUUCCGAAGAGUCUACCUCCGAAUCAGAGUCGAGCGACAGCGAGAGCGAAUCCAAAAAGAAGCCCGCCCAGCAGGUGAACAAGAAGGCAGCUGUCUCUGCUGGCGCUUCAUCUACCUCAACCAGCGACUCGGAGAGCGAUUCGGAAAGCGAGGCCGAAAACGAAAAGGAAGUUGAAGCCAAGGCCGCUUCGACCAGCUCGAGUGAGGCAACCUCUAGCGAGGAGGAGAGCUCCAGCAGCGAAGAAGAGGAAUCCGGUUCGGAGAAGGGAUCCAACUCCGACGAGGAGGAAUCUGAAAGUGAUGUCGAGGAAUCUGCUGCUAUUGUGGAAAAGCGCAACAGCAACAAGCUCAGCGUUCCCGGCUUCGUUGGCAAGGACUUCGUCCUUAGACAGGCUCAGGGUGACGAGGACGGCAAGGACAUGGCCGACUUCUUCACCAAGGCCAAGCUUGAUGGCAAGCAGCUCUGGUACUUCACUGCCCCGGCCUCCAUGCCUAUCAACGUCAUUGAGAAGGUUGAGAUCCCUAUGGACAAGGCGAAGAAGGGAGACGCUAUCUUCAAGCACAACUCGGAAGACUACACUGUUGGUUUUGAGGGCGAAGCAAGCACGUCUAUCCAGCUGCUUAUUCCUAACAAGAAGGGAACAAGAUACGAGUCAGCCUCCCAGAAGGUUGAAAAUGUCUUCCAUAUCAAACGAGUCACACAGCUCCCUGGCGGCGACCCUCGUGUGAACACACGCGCCCUGACGAACGAGCAAAACGCGGCGCGUCCCCAGCCUGCAGGCUUGAAAGCACGAUUCCGCCCGAUUGGUGUCACCAAUGACACUCCCAUGGGCAGUAUUGGAGCAGACACCGAAGAUGUUGAGAUGACCGCAGCCCCAAUCGCGCCCUCUAGCUCAAAGAAGUCUAAGCGUGCAGCUGCCCAGUCGCAAGAUAGCAUGGAUAUUGAUGAGCCCACUCCCAAGAGCUCAAAGAAGGACAAGAAGGGCGUUGUCGCCACGCCCAAGGCAUCGAAGCGCAAGCAUGCCUCUGACGAAGUUUCUUCGGCCCAGUCGCAGAAGGAAGCUUUAUCGACGGAGAAGAAGGCCAAGAAGGUCAAGACAGAUGCCGACAGCACUGAGGCCUCUGCCAAAAAGCAGACUGCCAUUCUUCCCCCUACCGUGCCCAAGGCCGGCUUCACUUUCACGGACCUUCCCACUCGCUCCAGUCCGGCCGUUGAGACUUCGACUCCAAAAGCGAGCAAAUCUAAAAGCUCCAAGAAGUCCAAGGAGACGCCCAUUCAGCCCCCUAGCGUCCGACGCGAAUCGGCCGUCCCUCUCCCCCCGUCUGCGCUGAAACAAACCUCGCCGGCCGCUGCCGAGGAGACCCCCAAGCAGGAAAAGCGGAAGCGCAGAAAGUCGGACAAGAAGGAGACGCCCAUCCCGGCGCCGAAGUACUAG